AUGGCGAGUAGACUCAAGAAGCAGAUCAAUCUGCACCAGACAUCACCCGACUGUUAUAUUGCGUCUUGGCACCAGGACUGGACUGUCGGCUCCGCCCUACACGGCGGAUGUGUCGCCGCGCUCAUUCACCAUGUGGCCGCCACUCAUAUCGUCACGGACCCCAAGCUUGCAGCCCAGAACCAACCAGACAUCUUGAACUUGCACUUAGAUUUCCUGAGAUCCUGCGAGCGACUUGACAGCACCAUCACUGUUGCCGUCCUCAAGACCGGUGGCGCCACGAGCACCCUUCAGCUGCAGCUAUCUCAAAAGGGGCGGAACAAGGUCAUCGCCCUUGCCACGUCGACCAAUUUCGACAAGUCUCUCGGGCCCACGGUUCCGAGUGACUGGACUCUGUCUCCUCCGCCGAAGCCCAAGCCCGACUUUGACCGUAUUUUGGCCCACAAGCCAGAAGAGAACUGGAUCCCGGCAAUACUCGACGGCGAAAUAAUCCCAAUCACCAGGUUCAUUGUGGGGCUGCUUCCUCGCGCCGGACACCUGGUCAACGGGAUAUGUGACUUUUGGAAUGUCUACACGAACAACGAGCGCAUGGACGCAACAGACAUAGCGCUCAUGACCGAUAUCAUCCCGUCCAUGUCCGACACGCUCAUGCGCAACGGCGGCCUAUACGAGGCCCACGAAUACCAUAGACGAGUCCUGGAGCGUGUUGAGAAGGACCCUGGCGUCCCCGCCCUGAUGACCAACUCCCUUGCCGAAGGCAUGCAGGCGUCUACGUUCAACUCUACUGUCACCUUGGAUAUGAUAUUCACGCGACGGCUGCCCGAUGAGGGUCUGCGCUCUAUAUUCAACCGGACGGCUACUAGAGUGCUUCAGGACGGAAGGAUGGACGUCGACGUGACGAUCUGCAAUGAGGACAUGGAACCAAUAUGCAUAUCUCGCCAGCUUAUUCUUGUCCUCGAGGCUCAAAGGAAGUUCCGUGAGGGCAAAUCACAACCAAAGAUCUGA